AGGAGGAAGCGUUAUUGGAGGGCCUUGAAGGGGCGGGAGGAGGAACACGCCCGCGCGGGUGGCGUCACGGCCGGCCUUGUUCGCCGCCUGGGCGUGGCUUAUCCCUGAAGCCAUUUUGUCCCACACCCCCUCCCCUGAGACAGGGAGGUGGACGGGGGGAAGGCGCGAAGCAGCGUGGGAGAAAGUGGGCGUGGCUUCGAGGAAAUAGCGGCGUCUGAUUGGGCGGAGGCGGGAUAGCGGGGCGUGGCCGGCUCUGCCCCUCCGCCCUGAGGCGUCCGCUUUUAAGCUUCCUGUCAGUCCGUGCCUGAGGAGGGAAGGAGGCCGGAAGUGCCUGCUGUUGGUCUUUUCUCUUCUCCCCUCAACCCCGCGACAGCCUUCUAGCAAAAGGAGGAGAUGGCCGUAAUGGAAAUAGCUUGCCAAGAUGCUCCAGUUACCGUUGGGCACCCAAAGGAGCUUCCUACGGAUAAAGGACCGAAGGAGGUGGUGACUGAGAAAAAGAGCAGUGUUUGCAAAGUAGAGGAUCCAGAGAAAAAUGUGUUCCAGGGACCGUGGAAGAUUCUGAGCGACGUGAUUGCCAAAGGAACUGCCAAGGAAGACAGUGGGAAAGGGAGCUUAGCCUCCAUCUCCAUCAUUGCCCAGGCAGAAUGUGAGAUCAGCCAGGAGUUCAGCCCUACAUAUUCUGAGAGGCCUUUUCUUGCUGACACCAAACGAUUCAGCCGGUCUUGUAGCCUCGAUCAGAUCCCCAACAAUGUGGCCUACGCAACUGAGGGCAAAAUCGCCCCAGCCUACAGGAAAGCCAUGCAUCGUGGCAAGUCCCGGAAGAAACGGCGAAAGAAAAGAUCCCAUCUUCUGACACACAAAGAGUCGGCCUCCCCACCUCACAAGCCAAGAACCCCAGAGCAGGAGAGCUGCACGCCAAUUCCAGUGCAGGAGGAUGACUCGCCCUCGGACACCCUCUUCAGUAGCGCUUCCUGGCUUUCAAAGUCAUGCAAGGAUUUGGGCUGCGAUCUCAGCCCCUUGGAGAAACCCAAACAAGCCCUACCUGCUGGCAGGUUGGACCACCUGAAGAAUCGAGGAAAGUUAGAAUUACACAAGCUGAUCAGCCCUGCUCAGUGCCUGAGCCAUGUCUGGAAGGCCCACACACAAGACAUUUUGACCCCUCAGUCAGAGACUCCACACCCCUUCCCUUAUCGGAAGUUCCCCCUUGAUUUCUGUGGCUACAGUGACCUCUUUCCUCCCUUGAAACUCAACCCUCUGAGGACCCAUCUCUUUGAUGACCUUUCCUGUGUGGAUGGUGAGCAACGCCUCUCAGGCCUGAGCUUGGAGCGGAGCUUCUCCAAAUGUAGCCACCAGCCUGCAGAAAGCAUCUCAGACAAGCUGUCCAUGGAAGAAUUUCUGGUGGAUGCCUUGAAGGGAAGUGUAAUCCUCGGAGAACCAAGAAACCUAGCUUGUUUAGCCAAGACCUGGAAAGGAGGUGGAUUGAGUCCAAAGGGGAUGGAUGGAAAUGAAGGGGUGCUGCUUAUAGAGAAACUGAAAGCCGUGGAUUAUGAGUAUCGCGAAGGCGUCCACUGGACCAAAUGUCCAGGCUUGCUUGGCACAGGAUCUUUUGGUGAAGUGUACAAAAUGGAGGACAAGCAGACAGGCUUUCAGUGUGCUGCCAAAAAGGUGCGGGUCGAAAACUUCCGUGCAGAGGAGCUGAUGGCGUGCACUGGAGGGGUGCAUGCCAAAGUCCUCCCGUUAUACGGAGCGGUGAAGGAGGGCCUGUGGAUUACUCUCUUCAUGAAGCUAAUGGAAGGUGGGUCCCUUGGCCAGCUCCUGAAGCAACGUGGUUACCUGCCGGAGGACCGAGCUCUUGAUUAUCUAGGCCAAGCGCUGGAAGGCCUGGAGUACCUUCAUGCUCACAGCAUUCUCCACGGAGAUGUGAAAGCUGACAACAUCCUCCUGUCCAGCGACAGAAGCCACGCUGUCCUCUGCGACUUUGGUCACGCAGCUCACCUUCACCCGGAUGGCAUGGGGAAGCAUUUGAUGACGGGGGAUUAUGUUCCUGGCACAGAGACCCACCUGGCCCCCGAGGUGGUGAUGGGGAAGCGCUGCGACUCCAAGGCAGACGUCUGGAGCAGCUGCUGCAUGAUGCUGCAUCUCUUGAACGGCUGCCACCCCUGGACCCAGUACUACAACCACCCUCUGUGCCUCAAGAUAGCCAAAGAGCCACCUCCACUGAGAGAAAUCCCACCCUCCUGCCACCCAUCCACCGCCCAUCUCAUCAAGGCGGGUCUUGAGAAGGAUCCGGCCCAACGGGCCUCUGCAGCGGAGCUGAGGGUGAAAGCCUGUGCGGCCCUUGAAAAGGUGGGAGGCCUGAAGAGCCCCUGGAGAGGAGAAUACAGACAACCCCGAAGCCUACACUUGGCCCCAGAGCCUAGUCUCCCAGACCCACCGCUGCCAAUCCCGGAGCCUCCCGAAGGCCACACCCUCCCACUUCCCCGCCACGGUCUGGCCGAGAAGGCGCAGUUCAUCCCUCUGAGCACGUGCAAGGAACUAAUGCAGCCGUGCGACUCUCUGCAGCUCUGCUUCCUGCCUCCUCUCAGCACCAAGAGGGGCAGUUUGACAGACUGGAGAACCACAUCUUUUGAACUUGAGCUUCAGCAGCUGGAGUUUGAGCUGAUUCGAAACAGCCUGUCUCAGCCCUUCUCUCUGGAGGAGCAGGAGCAGAUGUUGUUGUGCCUCAGCCUGGACAGUGCUCUCCCGUCAGAUGCCAGUGAGAAGGACUCAUUGAAAACAUCUCAGAGCCUGAAGGAAACCAUGAGUUCUGGAGUGGGUUCGUGGAGCAGCCAAACAGAUGGGCAGAGCAACAGCUGGAACAGCUGGCUGCAUCUCAGCAGGAAUACAGAUAUGCCCACCUACUUUGAUGGAGUGAAAAUUGAGAUCCGCUUGCUCAGCGGGGAGAGUCUCCACAUCCGAGAGUUUCAUGGCGCCAAGGUGGGAGAUGUAGCCAUUGGAAUCAGCAGCCAGAUACCGGCCUCUGCUUUCAGCUUCUUCACCAAGGAAGGCCAACCCGUCCGCUGCGACAUGGAGAUCCCUGAUUUGGGCAUCGAGCUUCAGUGCACCCUUGCUCCUGACAGCAGCUGUGGCUGGAGCUGGAGGGUCAAACAUGGCCAACUAGAGAAGAAGCCUUAAGGGAUGUUGUCUCUCCCCACGACACUCCUGUGAUAUCCCCCACGGAGCCAGAUGUGGUAUCUGCAGAUAGCUGAGUGCUGAAUAUUGUUGGUGGUUGUAGGUUAUAGGUUUGGUUCCUCUCUGCUUCUUUACUGCACCCAGCCCUUGUGUGCAGCCAGGUUUAUGGGCUGGGUGGCAGAAAAAACUGAAUUAUUGUGUCUGCGUUUAUGAAACUGACCCAGAAGACUAGGAUGAACCUGAUCUGCUGGGUUGCGGGCAGUCGGUCAAUUUCUUAACCCAACCGCCUUCUACCAAUCCCAAAGAAAAUGGGAAGUUCUGAUUUGCCCAGUGGGGCUUAGUUAAGUUCCCCAAACCCAGCAAUGGGCUUAGAGGUGGGGAACCUCCUUGGAGACAAAGCACAUCAGGUCACCUUGGCCAACUCACUUUCUCAUCAUCAUUCGACGCGGCACACUUCUUGCCGUGCAAAAACCGUUGCCCUGAGCAGCUUGGAGGAAUGUAGUCAGCAACACAUAUCUGAUUCGCUUGGGAACUUCCUCAGCGAAACUGGUAGCAUGCUGCACCUUCUGAGAAAGCUCAGAAAUCGGUGCUGGAAGAUUCGUCGUAUUAAAUUUCAGUUGCAUGGCAAUUUUCCUAACUAUGCAGUGGACAGCCAGCUUUGGUUUUGCGCACCAUCCAGUGCCUAUGGCAGCCCACCAGUGCUUUGAUGAUAAGAGCACCUGCUCUUGCUGCCUGCCUUGUGUGGCCAAAAACCUCAAAGGCCUUAAUAUGCCUGAGCCCUGUUUGGCUUGGUGAAUCGCUACUUGGCCAAAUUUUGGUGAGCUUAAAAUUUCCAGGGGGGAAUUCUUGCAGAAGUCCAGGCAUCAAAUUUCUCCAAUAUACCAUAGUGCCCCUUUUGGGGUGUUUGAGGGGAGUUUUCUGUGCUUGGCGUCAAAAUGCAACCAGCCUUGCAUUCCAUCUCAUGGAGAAAUGCAUGACAGGGUGGGAAAUCACUCAAGUGUGUCUCAGUUUGUUCAUAUAAUCCAUGCCUAUGUUGUUUGUAACCCACCAAACCCAAUACACCUUGGCAGACAUGUACCGUAGCCAAACAGUUGCUUUGUAGGUUUUUGCAGCCCCUGGACAGGCAGCAAGAAGUAGGAAGUUUGAUUUUUUUUUUGCUUGGUGGGUCACCAAUUGGGGGAGCCUGAUAUGCAUCCCUUCAUAGAUAUGUUUUCAGCUACACCCCCCAUUGGUGAUUAGUGAUGACUGACACAGACAUUUCAAGUGGAGCUCCUUACGUUUUAGGCUUUGGUUCCAUUUUCUUUUUCUGCCCUAAAUAGAGAGAACUGCAUGUGUCUUAACAGAGCCAGGGCUAUGCAUGCUUACUCAGAAAUAGCCCCACUGCAGUCAGUGGGACUUUACACCGAACUAAUUGCGUACAUAGGAUUGCAGCCUUAGAAAUCCAAACUUUAUAGCAGAAGAGUUUUAGGCAAAAUGUAAACUUGAAAUAAAGUAAGCAAAUCAGUACAA